GUCCAAUUUUUUCAAUCUUACAAUGUUGUUAACUUGUUGUCGUCAUCUAGAGUCAAAGUUGUAAAACUUUUUCUUCUCCUUUGUCUUAUCCUCAAAUUUCCUUCCUCAUUUUGCAUUAGUCAUCAAAUGUGUUGUGAAAGGUGUCGUUGUUGGCAAUCGAAACUUUGCUUAAAACAUAAAAUGCAAUGGAGCAAGAUAUCAAAGAGCAAAAAAACGACGAGUGAGAGUGAGAGAUAAACGAAAGUGGGAGAAAAUUGAGAAAACAAGACAUUGAGACAAUAAAGAAAAAAAUGAUAGAAGAAAAGACUAAUGUAUAAGUACAAAACUUUGUUUUAAUAAUUUCACUCGAUCAUGAUGUAAACAAAAGCUCGAAAACCUUAAUUGAAAGGGUAGGGCAAGAUUCAUGAGUCAUUCAUCUACCCAACCUAAGUUUACAUAUAAUAAAAAAGUGAGAUAUUUUUUCUUUUUUCAAAAGUCACCGUCGUCCCCAGCGCGAAAACAAAAACCCUAGCAGUGGCAAGAGCCAAGAAUCCGCAGAGACAGCGAAGUGGGAGAGUGUAGAAACAAUCUCUCAAACUUUACAAGAACAUCAGCAAAGUCAAUUACCCGAAGCAAUAAGAUAAUGCGUCAAUAGAUACGAUGGCGACACUGGCAGGUCAACCAACUCACCAUCAACCAACUACGGUGGAGGAAGUUAGAACGCUUUGGAUAGGGGAUUUGCAGUACUGGGUCGAUGAGUCUUACCUUAAUUCUUGCUUUGCUCAUACUGGGGAGGUAAUAUCAAUUAAAAUUAUUCGCAACAAGAUCACUGGCCAGCCUGAAGGUUACGGGUUUGUGGAAUUUGUAUCUCAUGCUGCAGCAGAAAGAAUUUUGCAGACAUACAAUGGAACUCAGAUGCCCGGAACAGAGCAAACUUUCAGAUUGAAUUGGGCCUCCUUUGGAAUUGGAGAAAGGCGCCCUGAUGCUGGCCCAGAGCACUCUAUUUUUGUGGGGGAUUUGGCUCCUGAUGUUACAGACUAUCUGUUGCAAGAGACCUUUAGAGCGCAAUACCCAUCUGUUAGGGGUGCUAAAGUUGUGACUGAUCCAAACACUGGUCGUUCAAAGGGAUAUGGGUUUGUUAAAUUUGCUGAUGAAAAUGAAAGGAAUCGAGCUAUGUCAGAAAUGAAUGGUGUUUACUGCUCAACUAGGCCUAUGCGUAUUAGUGCAGCAACACCUAAAAAAACCAUCGGUGUUCAGCAGCAAUAUAGUCUAGGUAAAGCAAUGUACCCAGUUCCAGCCUACACUACAUCCGUGCCUGUGCUUCCAGCAGAUUAUGAUGCAAAUAACACAACAAUAUUUGUUGGCAACUUGGAUCCUAAUAUUACAGAGGAGGAGUUGAAGCAAACUUUUUUGCAGUUUGGUGAGAUUGCUUAUGUGAAAAUUCCUGCCGGGAAAGGCUGUGGUUUUGUACAGUUUGGGACAAGGGCUUCAGCUGAAGAAGCCAUCCAAAAGAUGCAAGGAAAGAUAAUUGGUCAACAAGUGGUUCGUACUUCUUGGGGUAGAAAUCCAGCUGCCAAGCAGGACUUGGCUACUUGGGGUCAGCAAGUUGAUCCGAACCAGUGGAGCGCUUACUAUGGGUAUGGAGGGACUUAUGAUGCAUAUGGAUAUGGAGUUGUACAAGAUCCAUCUUUAUAUGCUUAUGGUGCAUAUUCGGGUUAUGCCUCAUAUCCUCAACAGGUUGACGGCGUACAAGAUUUGGCCACGGUAGCUGGUGCAGUCCCUUCUGUAGAACAAGGAGAGGAAUGGAAUGAUACGCUGGAUACACCGGAUGUUGAUUAUUUAAAUGAUGCAUACCUCUCAAAACAUGAAAGCGCUAUUUUAGGCUGGCCGUUAUGGUUGACUACUUCAUCACUGGUUAGGCAAACAUGAGUGGUUGUUCGUCAAAAUAUGUUGGCAGUGCGUGAAGGCAACUGGAGAAAAACUACACUAUGUGCUUUAUAUGCUUGACCAUACUCAUAGUCGAUGAUAUUGACACAAUACCGUUGCCAUGUACGGUAUAAUGUGUUUGAUUUAAUAAUACAGUUUUUACUAUAGGAACAGGGUUGCCAAGGUUAGGUGCUUUGAUGCUCUAUGUAUUAUGAUGAUGCUCUCAACUAUUUGGCAAUGGAGUUUUCAUAUCAGGAGAACAUCUGCUUUGAUCUGUACUGUGUCUCAUUAUGCCGAAGUGUACUAGUUGUAUUUUGAACAGGCAGCUUAAUUGUUUUGUCAGAUUAAAUUUAGCAAAAAGAAAAUGAAGCUGAAAUGAAAUGGAGUUUUUGAAUGAA